CCGGACCCGACCCGUCUCCUCCCUGCGGCGGGAGCUGCUCGCGAACCGGCGCGGCUGACACGUUCAGGUGCAGAAUCGCUCUGGAUUCUCAGAGAGCCUCAUGGUGACUCCUCCCGCCCGCGCAUUUCCCCAGGUAGGGAGAUGCCUGGGCGUUGGAAGCUCUUUGCAGCAUGCUAAGGAGACGUAACCUUCUGACCACACUCCUGAUCGUCUUGCCAUGGGCUCUUCUUCUAACCUUGUGGCAUCAGUACCCAGCCACCCGCUACCUCAUCCUGCUGAGAAAAGAGACAGAUGAAAAUGCAACAGCUAAAGCUCACUUCAAUAGCACAUCCCCGUUGAGGGAAGAAGGGCUCCCAUCAUGCAGCUGGCAACAAGCCUCGGGGAUGGCUCAAAAAGUCAUCCAGAACUAUGUGUAUUCCCGGCCUCCCCCCUGGUCGGACACUCUCCCGACAAUCUUUGUAAUCACGCCCACCUACACCCGACCAGUGCAGAAGGCUGAGCUGACCCGGCUAGCCAACACCUUCCUACAUGUGCAGAACCUGCACUGGGUGGUGGUGGAGGACUCACCCCGGAGGACCAACCUGGUAUCCAACCUGCUGGAGAAGGCAGGGCUCAAUUUCACCCACCUGAAUGUGGAGACCCCACAGAGUCUGAAGAUUAGCGGAUCCUGGAUCCCAUCCCACAAGCCAAGGGGGACACUGCAGAGGAACCUGGGGCUGCACUGGCUAAGAGACAGCUUCAACAUCACGCAGCCACCAGAAGGGGUGGUGUACUUUGCUGAUGAUGAUAAUACCUACAGCCUGGAGCUCUUUGAGGAGAUGCGCUAUACGAGGAGGGUAUCCGUAUGGCCAGUGGCCUUCGUUGGGGGUCUGAGGUACGAGUCUCCCAUAGUGAGCCCAGCGGGGAAAGUGGUGGGCUGGAAGGUGGUUUUUGACCGUAACCGGCCCUUUGCUAUUGACAUGGCUGGAUUUGCAGUCAGCAUCAGACUGAUCUUGGAGAGGCCUCAAGCCACUUUCAAGCUGGAGGGAGUUAAAGGAGGCUACCAAGAAAGCAGCUUGCUGAAGGAUUUGGUGACUAUGGAUGGACUGGAGCCCAAAGCAGCCAACUGCACAAAGAUUUUGGUCUGGCAUACCAGGACCGAGAGGCCAAUGCUAGGUAAUGAAGGCAAACAUGGAUUUUCAGACCCAAGAAUGGAGGUGUAAAUGGAGAGACAGCCCCAGGCUGGGUACAGGGGAGAGUUUAUUCCCGAAAUGUGUCAACAGCAGCCUCCCACCUCACCAGCUCUGCUCAGCACUUUGUUGAAACCUUGGAGGAGUGCCCAGGUUGUGGCCAUGUCUACCAACACCCCCACUGCCCCAAAGUCAGUAAAAACCAGGGUCAGAGCUCAUGUGGUGCCCCAUGACCAUACAGAAUUUCACCUUUGACUUUAUGCACUGGCCACCAAUCCCUGGCUCCCUGCGAGAGCUCUCCUGGGUCCUGUGUUUUCAACCACUUGUUGGAAGACGACUUCAUUAGAAACAAUCUAAAAGCCCUGCUGUGCCAACUCUGGGCUGAAGCAACAGCAUGCAGGCUGUCCAGUGGACAGAACGCUCAGUGUGCAUUCUGGGUCCCCCAGCGAGGACAUGAAAUUUGAGCUUCUGCAAGGCUGAUGGAGGAGGGAGAUCUCGCAAAGGCACCAGGGAAAAUCCAUCAGCAUAAGACAGGGAUGUUUUCAAAACUGUGUGAAAGCAAAUCCAGCAUGAGGGGGUGUCCCUCUGAAGAUGCAAUACUUGGCCGGGCUGUCUCUGUCUGAGACACUCUUGGCCAUAACACACACUUGGGCUGAUGUCUAAGUGAGAGCACUUAACUCUACAUUUCAGAGCUCAAGGAGGCACUUACAUAACUCCUCUAAGGAACUGGGUGCUUGGGUGCUGAUCUGAGAACCUCAACAGAGAACUGGGCUCCAUGUUUGGAAACUGGGGCCACACAGUGUCGAAUCCUCAUGUGCCGAGUUCUUUGGAUAAACACCUUCUCCCAUGCCAGGGAGAGUUAGGACCUUACAAUUCCUGUGCCUCACAGGCUGUCUUGCAAUGUGUUCUCUCUGACACUGGAAAGCAAGGGAUGGACUUUAAAGCCCUGUCCCCAGCACUGGAAUCCUUGUUGCACUAGCAUGAAGCCUUGGAGUUGAUAAACAGUCUUGGAUCGUAUAUAUGGAAUUCUUCUCUAGACUCCAGUCUAGAACCAGAUCCCUAAGGAGUGGAGGGGAAUGGACAGUGAGGAACCAUGAGUCUCCGAUCACCCUCCGUGAGGAAGGUCAGCGGGACAGAGAACACCACCCUCAAGAAACAAACCUUGAGGAACUGGAAGCGGGGGAGACAGUAAAUGGCAACGAAACAGCAGUGAAAGUGACCAGGACUGAACUUUAAGAAGAAUGUUUGGCAGCGUGAGCGGAGAAGUGACUGUGUCCAAUCCGGAGCAAGCCUCAUUCCCCUGGAGGGGCAGGACACAGGCAGCCUGGGUAGAAUUCAAAGAAAGAGGAGGCAAUAGCAACUGAGCUGAACAGAAUUUAAAGCACAAGCGUUUGUACAGCGCAUGUGCGUGGGAGGGGGGUUGUUACUCGGAUUUCUACAGGAAGAGUCCUUGAACAAUCCUAAAAAUACCCUUUGAUCACACCUUGAAAAUAAUUUUCCCCUCACGCCAUAAAAAAAAACAAAGGCCCAGGCUUUCAAAAUGCAUUGAAGCUUUUCAUGGCUGGGGGAAUUGGAGCAGGACAUGUUAUGAGGAACUGAGUCACCCCCCAAAAAAUUGGGCAGGCAGGAGAUUUAUCUAUUUGUUGGCUUAUUUAAAUUAUAGUCCUUUUCUGCCUAUUUCCUAGUUUUUAGCCUGGAUCAUCUGACAUGUUUAUGAAGGAGUUCCCCCCUUUAUCCCACACUCUUCUAGAUCUCACUGAGGAAUGGCAGAUCUUGCAUUCACUGCUGAAAAGUCAUAUAGUUCUUGUUCCCUGGGUUGUAUUUUUUUUAACCGAGGUCUUUAAUCAGCAAAAUAAUCAGAAGCACAGUAAAUGAGGGGAGUAAAUUAUAAGGGAAAGAAAGAUGCUUUAUGUGAGAGGGACAGGCGGCAUUAAGAGUGUGUCAAGUUUCCCCACUCUUCCAGCAGUUGCAGCCUGGGCCAAAUGUGUGCAAAUGAUUGCCCCAGUCAGAACAUGUCCCCCAUACAAUUCUGGGAAGCUCCUGAGAAAAGGACCACUAAAAAAUAUCUAAGGAGUAGAGAUGGGCCUUGUCCCACUCUCAUGGAAGUCAGUAGCAAAACUCCCACUGCUCACUUUGAUGGGAGAAAGUGUAAAAGGGAAAGCGGAAGAGUAAUGAAACAUAUCUGAACAGAAGGCACAAGAGAUAAUGCAAAUAGAGAAACUGAGAGAGGCCUCAAUUUAAAUUUGGAGGGUCUCAGGUCAGCGUCCACAUCACCAACAGACCACCAUUUUGGCCAUCUCGGUUUGGAGGUUAAAAAGUGAAUAGGCCAUGGAGACUGAACUCCCCACUUGCUCCUAGAAAGAGUCCUUCCAGGGUAGGGGUGUGGCACAUGGGCGGGGCGGGGGCGGGUCGUGAGGGAAGCCUUUCUCUGCCAUUGCCCAUGCUGUACCUAUCCUGGAUUCAGAGGUGAUCAGUAUCUAGGGUUAUCCGUUGUCUGAGCUCUGCGGUCCCUCCCUCAUCUGAGUGGGUGGGCCUUUCAUUCUGGUGGGCCCAACCCACCAAUCCCAGUCAUCACAUAGUCUAGCUCCUUUUACCAGCACUAGACUGACACCAGCAUUAAAAAGAAAAAGUGACCUUUUUGCCUCCUUUGUUUCUGGUAUAAAUGAAUGAGCAAGAGAAAGGAAAUAAAGGGGCUGAUUUAAGAUCUUUCAUUUUCCCAUGGAGCCAGGAUGCCCCUCCACUAGUAGGGCAGGGUCAUUGCCAAGAGGAAGUGACAUUGUUCAGUAAAACCCAUUAACUAAGGAGAAUUGUAAAAUCUGGUUCAAGCCUUGCUUAGGGCCCUAAGUAAAACAAUGGAGUUGUUUUGAGUGUAGUACCUAGUGAAUGUUUCUAUCUAGGUUCUUACAUGGCCCUCAUCACCAUAGUAACUGAGCAUCUCCCAGGCACUGGUGGAUUUUUUUAUUCUCACAGAAACCCUGCAAGAAAGCAAAGUAUUAUUUUCCCCAUUUUACAUAUGGGGAACAGGUACAGAGAGACAGAAGCCAACUCUACACGAUAGACUUCUUGCUGGCCUAGCUGUGUUGGUCAGGGGUGUGACAAGGUGUGAUCUCUGACUGACAGAGCUGUGCUGGCCAAAGCCUGUAGGGAGAUGCAGUUACACCAGCAAAACUGUGCCAGUGUAACGCUGUAGGGUAGAUGCAGCCUACAGCAAAGGAAGGGGUUUUUCUGUUGCUGUAGGAACACCACCUCCCUGAGUGAUGGAGCUAGGUUGAUGGAAGCAUUCUUCAUAGAAUCAUAAAUUCUUGGAAAUAUAGGGCUAAAAGCGACCUCAGGAGGUCAUCAAGCCCAACCCUCUGUACUGAUGCAGCACCAAGUAAACUUCAAGUAAAUUCUUCCAUUGACCUAGCUGCGUCUACACUGAGGGUUAGGUUGGCAUAUCUAUGACAUUCAGGGUUGUGGAUUUUUCAGACCCGAGUUACAUAGCUAUGUUGGUUUAAAUAUUAAGUGUAGACUGGGUCUUCAAUGGCAAAAAAAAUAAUCCUUUUGCUGGAAUAGCUUAUAUCAGUCUCCCAAGCACAAUAAGCUACACCAGCAGAAGGACUUUUGCCAGCACAGCUAUGUUGGCAGAAAUCACACCCGUAACCAACAUGGCUAGGCCUCAGUGGUAGAGCCAGUAAUUGCAUCAGGCUACAGUCCAAUCUGGGGGUCUGUAAUCACAAGACCUUUCUAUCAGUCUGCACAACUGGUUGUUUCUUCCUAGAAGAGACUAAGGGUAGCAGAGAGUGCUAGUAGGAACUCACAUUCGUUUGCAGAGCUAUGAGAAGGUCAAAGACUGGAAGAGCAAGAGGUGCCACAUGUUAGGAUGGCAGCUUUUCAGGAAGAUCCCAGGAGUGGGACAGCAGUGAGUGCUGUAUGUCAGGUUUGAGAUGCCUAGUUGGAGUUGGGAAGGGUAGAUACAGGACUGGAACAACAGGGGAAACUAUGGGUCUGGCUUGCUGUACUAACGAUGUGGGGAAAGCGUCACAGCCCCUGGAUUUAAGCAGCAUAUUCGUGUCUGAUGUUCAUAUUCUCUGCAAUGCAUUGGAAUCACUAAACAAGGAAUAUUAUUAACCUUUCCAGUUGUAACAGCAGAAAAUAAUGUUAACAAGAGAGAAAGAAUGGCCAGGAAGUCAUCCGCAAUGGUGGUUUGUUUAUAGUGAAUGGUACUGGGGCAAUAUUAAACGUGCCGUGAAACAGUUAAUAUAGAACUGUGGUCUUGCUUACAGUGCAAGCAGCUGCCUCCUUCCAAGAAAAGACAGUGACUUUAUAAUAGAGAAUAUACUGUGGAGGGAGCCUCUGUUCUAAGUCAGAAGGUUUCCAAGGGCCUUCUCUUGAGUACAGUCUUCAUCUGAUGCUAGACCCAUGAGGGAGGAAAGAUAGUAUACAGUUUCCUUCCUCCAGGGCUGUGGAGGCUGCCGGUGUGAUGGGGGUCAGGGAUAAAAUGGAGGGGAAGAUAAUUACAUUGUCUAAAUUCCUCAGAUCAUGGCUUCUCCACGCCAGCCUGCUCUUAAGGUGACAUAGACCUUAAGGCUGGCAACAUUGAAAACUAAAGUGACCCAUAAAAGAGCCACUCAGAGACGCAACCGGGGUUGGGGUUGCUUACCUCUAAGAGGCCAUUACUGAUGAGUUGCCUGUCUGUCUGUCUUCACUCAAAGAGGGGGCAAUACAAUUAAGGAAGUGGAUGAGUGGGAGAUGGACAUGUAAGGACAAUCAGCUCUGAAUCACAAGGUAGAACAGGAGGGACCAGGAAAGGAUUCAUAAAGUUGAAAACCUGGUGGUUCUCCAUCUGAAAUCUUUCUCCCUUCAGUUUUUCUUCACACGGCAUUUUGUAUACGUUUUGGUUUACUCCACUGACUAUUCUAGAAGGGAGGCCCAUCUCAGGCCCUACAGGACUGGCAUAGAAAUGUUAAGGCAGUAAAUCCCAAACUGUGGACCACAGAGCACUUGGUCUGUGGUGAGCUGGCUUCUUUCAUGGUUCUAAUCUCCUCAGUGUUUCCACCUGCUAAAUCAGAUUAAAAUAAAUUAAAAAUAC